AUGGCACCUCCCUCUCCCCCUCAACCCUUGACCAUCCUUCCCUUCCCCCUUGAAGUCUUUCUUCCCAACGAAGUUCAACCGUGGGAGGUGAAUGAAGAAGAUGAAGAGGUGAACUCUGAGGAGCUUCGGUUGAAGGCCGAAAAGGAUGCUGAAGAUGCUGCUUACGAAUACUUCAUGGUGUCUUCUUCCAGGCGCAAGAGAAGGCAUAGGGUCUUCCAAGAGGGCUCUGACUCAAGCACUUCCUCUAAAGCCAAGUCUGAUGCUAACUCUAAGGAGUCAGAGUCUUCUGACAAAUCCGACUCUAGAGAUGAUGAAGGCGAAAAAGUGGAAGAGGACAUGACUCUGGAUUACCCUCAAGAGGAUUCUGCCUCUGAGGUUGAUGAGGAUGCCCACAAGCCUCGUUCUCCUUAG